AUGCCGCAGACGUUAGUUGAACCAGCUUCUCCAUACGACGAAUCGUCACCAUUAUCACCAUUAUCACCAACCGCCAAGUCCACUAUUCAGACGGUUCCUGUAUCACCUGGAAACACCGAGUCAAGUGCUGCAGAGGACUAUACACCCACCAACAAUAACGGACUCCACCCAGGAUCAAUUACCAAUAGGCAUCGCAGACAAUCAUCUACAAACUCUAGUGAUGAUGACCCGUACGCUUUGGCUGAGAAAUACUAUGGCGACCACAAGAAAAAGACUUUCAACAAAAACUCACCAUUAUCUCGAGUUAGAACAUUUAGUACUUUCGAAUCUAAAACAUCAAGAAAGGAGUUUUUGAAGCAAUUAAACGAAUACAACGGAGUUUCGGGCUCUAUUAGAGAAGAAUCUGAACCUUCUUCUGGUACAGUUUCAAAAGCCCCUUCACCACCGGCACUGGCACCCCCACUUCCAUCGAUUAAUGCUGAUGCUAAUGAUAAUGAUAAUGAGAAUGAUAAUCCUAAUCAUGGUGGGGAUAACAGGCAAACCAAAAAAGCCAAUUUUAGUUUGAAAAUCUCCAAAGAUAAUAAUGUUGACGACGACGACUACGACGACGAUACAGCUUCCGAGGGCGAUGUAGACGAUAAUGGGGAAGCUGCACGGGAAUUGUUUGGGAAAAAGAAACUAUUCCGCCAACCACCCAUAAGGGAAGUAUCCCCAGACACAGCAACUCCUAGGAAUUCCGGAAUCUCUCAGGACGAUAUGACAUCACUUCAACGAGAGACGUUUGACCAUGUCAAUGACAAUAUCAAAGAAGUCGAUGAAUUCAACAAACAUUUGGAUAACCACACGGUGCACACAUUAAAGAAAAAACCAUCCAUCGUGCCUCUUUACGAGCAUGGCGACAAUAUCUCUCAAGAGUCCAUCAAACUGAACAACCGCAUCAAUUUGCGCAGGGCUUCAAUGGAUGAUACAAUGUUGCGUCCCAAAAAAUACUACAUCAGUGACGUCCAAGAUACUAUAAAGGAAUUAUUGGCAAAUGAAGAUACAGACAAUAAUUGCCAAAUCACAAUUGAAGAUACAGGACCAAAGGUGUUGAGAUUAGGUACCGCCAACUCCAAUGGUUAUAAACAGGCAUCCGUACGUGGAACAUACAUGUUGAGCAACUUGUUGCAAGAAUUGACCAUAGCCAGUAGAUUUGGUAGACACCAAAUAGUUUUGGACGAGGCGAGAUUAAAUGAAAACCCCGUAGCAAGGAUGAAGAGAAUUAUUUCCACUUCUUUCUGGAAGAGUUUAAGUAGGAGUGUUACUGCAGAGAAUAUUGUCGAUAUGUCACGGGACACAAAGAUCAAGGAACAUUGGGUCGAUGAAGAUGGUAACGUCCAUGAGAACCAGGAGAGUCACAGAAUUUAUGUUCCACAUGAUCGAAAAGAUCAAUACGAUUUUUUCAACAAGAUUAAAAACUCAAGGAAAGAUAUCCACUUAGAUGUUCAAUAUUUACCAAAGAAGAUUGAUGCUGAUUAUAUCAAAUCGAUCAAUAAGAAACCGGGACUUCUUGCACUCUCUGCAAAAUCGAACCCCGAGGAUCCUGCAAAUCCGACAAGUUGGCCAUAUGUUGUUCCUGGUGGUCGUUUCAAUGAACUAUAUGGUUGGGACUCAUACAUGGAGACCUUGGGAUUGCUUACCGAUGUCAAACCUGGCCAGAACUUGGACCAUUUAGAGCUCGCAAGGGGUAUGUGCGAGAAUUUUAUAUAUGAGAUUAAGUACUACGGCAAGAUCUUGAAUGCUAAUAGAUCGUAUUAUUUGGGAAGGUCGCAACCUCCAUUUUUAACAGAUAUGGCAUUGAGAAUCUUUAACAAGACCAUUGAGGUAAGCCCCGAGUCUAUGAAUGAUGCUAUAGAUUUCCUUAGAAGGUCAACGUUAUCUGCUAUCAAGGAGUAUGAGACGGUAUGGUGCUGUGAACCUAGACUCGACAAGAAGACGGGUCUAUCAUGUUAUCACCCAGAGGGUAAAGGAAUCCCACCUGAGACGGAAGCUUCACAUUUCGACGCGGUAUUGAAACCGUAUGUUGAAAAGUACAAGAUUACACAGCCUGAGUUUAUUGAGAAAUACAACAAUGGCGAGAUCAAAGAACCAGAGUUGGAUGAGUACUUUUUACAUGAUAGGGCCGUGCGAGAAUCUGGACAUGAUACAUCGUACCGUUUAGAAGGUAAAUGUGCUUAUUUGGCUACAGUCGACCUCAAUUCGUUGUUGUACAAGUAUGAGAACGAUAUUGCAUUUUUGUUGAGCACAUUUUUCCAUGAUCAAUUGGAAGAUACCGAUGGCAAAUUGCAUUCUUCGGAAAUUUGGAUCGAGAGGGCCAAAGAAAGGAAGCAAAAUGUCGACAAGUAUUUGUGGAAUGAAAAGGACUCGAUGUACUAUGACUACAAUGUUUAUGAAGAGAAACAGGAAGAUUACGAAUCAGCUACAACUUUUUGGCCAUUAUAUUCCAAACUUGCUUCUGAUGAGCAAGCUGCUAAAUUAGUGCAUGAUUCCAUCCCCAAGUUUGAAGAACAUGGUGGUUUGGUGGCUGGUACUUUGAAAUCUAGAGGUGAAGUUGGUUUAAGUAGGCCAUCUCGUCAAUGGGACUAUCCAUUUGGAUGGGCCCCACAACAGAUCUUGGCAUGGAUCGGAUUGGUAAAUUAUGGCUAUAUGGGUGUAGCAAGAAGAUUAGCUUACCGCUGGCUAUUUAUGAUGACCAAGUCUUUUGUUGACUACAAUGGUGUCGUUGUGGAGAAGUAUAAUGUCACAAAAGGAGCUGUGCCACACAGAGUUGAUGCUGAGUAUGGUAACCAAGGGUUAGAUUUUAAGGGCGUCGCCACUGAAGGUUUUGGUUGGGUUAAUGCGUCGUACUUGAUUGGAUUGACGUUUUUGGAUCUCUAUGCUCAACGUGCUUUGGGAACAUUGACCCCACCAAGAGUGUUUUUUAAAAACAUGCAUCCAACACAAAGGAAAGGAUACGAAUAG